AUGCCCUCAUUGCCACCCAGAGCCGCCCUCCGAGCGGGCAGGACAACCACGGCUCUCCUGCUGCGGCCACAAUCGCAUCUCUCCUUUUCUACAUCCUCACGCACUCUCCUCCCCGCCAGCUUCUCGGGCACCAGUGGCAGCUUUGGUGGCCCUCUGCCCUCAUAUUUCCAGAAGCCUCGGCUGCCUGCCAACACCAUUGUGCGCUUUGUGCCGCAGCAGACAGCAUGGAUUGUCGAGCGAAUGGGAAAAUUCAGCCGCAUUCUGGAGCCUGGAUUGGCAAUUCUGGCGCCUGUCAUUGACCGGAUUGCAUACGUCAAGAGCUUGAAGGAGGUGGCAAUUGAGAUUCCUAGUCAGAGUGCCAUUACGGCGGACAAUGUGACAUUGGAGCUAGACGGUGUUUUGUUUACAAGAGUGUUUGAUGCGUACAAGGCUAGUUACGGCGUCGAAGAUGCCGAAUAUGCCAUCUCCCAGCUCGCCCAGACAACGAUGCGAUCCGAAAUUGGCCAGCUGACUCUCGAUCACGUCCUCAAAGAGCGUGCUGCUCUCAACACCAACAUUACCGCCGCAAUCAAUGAAGCCGCCCAAGCUUGGGGCGUCACCUGCCUUCGAUAUGAGAUUCGGGAUAUUCAUGCCCCUGGAGCUGUCGUGGAAGCCAUGCACCGCCAAGUCACCGCCGAGCGCUCCAAGCGUGCUGAGAUUCUCGAGUCCGAAGGUCAGCGACAGAGUGCCAUCAACAUUGCCGAGGAUGGUGAGGCUGAAGCCAUCCUGCUCAAGGCCAAGGCCACUGCCGAAGGUAUUGAUGCCGUCGCUGCAAGCAUUCUUAAGGGCUCUCACGGAGCCCAGGGCGCCAUGAGCUUGACUGUGGCGGAGAAGUAUGUCGAGGCCUUCAGCAAGCUUGCCAAGGAGAGCACAGCUGUUGUGGUUCCUGGAAAUGUCGGCGACAUCAGCGGCAUGAUUGCCACUGGUCUUAAUGUCUACGGCAAGGUCAGCGAGGCUCAGGCAAAGGUCUUGGCCAAGCAACUCCUCCCAUCAUCUUCCAGCAGCGAAGCCGAGACCGUCACAGGGACGCCCUCGGAAGAAUUUGCCAACGAAAACAAGGGCGAUCUAAAGGACAAGGUGCUGGAGAGCUUCAACCAGGUUGCCGAGAAGAAAUAA